GUCAUAGUAUUUUGUUCUAUUUCAAGUCCCUCAUAUCAAAACAAAGGGGGGGGAAAAGCAGGUUAUUUAAGUAACUUUUCACAGCUCUAACAGAAAUUGUCAUCUGUGUAGACACUGUUUCCGUUAAUAUUUUGGCAUCACACUUGAACUUUGUCAGCAUUUGAGAACAUUGCACUGUUUACAUAAAAUGUUGGAGCAUAUUUCCGUCGAUGUAAGAAGAUUUUUUUCUGUUUAUUCCGAGCAAACACAUGUUUAUUAUUCUUUAAUAUUCAGCAACUUGGUUUCUUCUGUUACGCGCAGCAGAAGUGCUGAUAGUGAGGCACACAGGACACCGGGGGAUCUGACUAGGUCAUGGCCAAUCGGGGAGGAGCUACGAGACCCAAUGGACCCAAUGCAGGGAACAAGAUCUGUCAGUUUAAGCUGGUGCUGUUGGGGGAGUCAGCUGUUGGCAAGUCCAGCUUAGUUCUCCGCUUCGUCAAGGGUCAGUUCCAUGAGUUCCAGGAGAGCACAAUAGGAGCGGCCUUUCUCACCCAGACAGUGUGCCUAGAUGACACAACGGUGAAGUUUGAAAUCUGGGACACUGCAGGCCAGGAGCGUUACCACAGUUUGGCACCCAUGUAUUACAGAGGAGCACAGGCCGCCAUCGUGGUCUACGACAUCACAAAUGAGGAGUCCUUUGCACGAGCAAAGAACUGGGUGAAAGAGCUGCAAAGACAAGCUAGCCCGAAUAUAGUCAUCGCACUGUCAGGCAACAAGGCUGACCUAGCCAACAAGAGAGCUGUCGACUUCCAGCAUUUUGGAGUGCAAGAGGAUGACAACAACGCAGUGUUUCCACAGGUUGACUGCUUUGGGGAUGUUGUAUUGCUGUAUACACACGUGUGUGCGUGUGUAUACACGGAGUGGAGCAGAGCAGGUGAACUACAUGAGUUGACAACAACUCGUUACGUUACAUAAUGCUGAAAUUCAACCGGGGUGUUCUGUCAGCAGUUACUUAAUUAAACCAACGGUGAGUAAGAAAA